CACGCACACACUACAUUACCCAGCAUGCAACUGAGAAAAGCGCCCUUCUGAGAACUGCCUGUAAUGAACUUAUUUAUUUUUGUUAAAAUUGCCCAUAAUACAUUAGAAUGUGUCCCAAAUAUAUUUUAGCACCAUUAAAUACAUUAAAUUGUAUCAGAUAAAAUUACAUUCCAACUAUUUGAGAGAAAAGUAUGUCCAUUCUUAAGGCAAGGUCCUCACAUUGCGAUUGCCAUCUCGUACGGUGAGCUGUCCAACAGAACAGAUUUGAGGAGAAGUUGACGAGCAUUAGCUAGCUCUCGUCUCUUUACGGAGUCAAAAUCUAUAGUUAUUUCCCGCUUGUUCCGUGUGUAGUGAAGGCAGCAGGAGACCAUGGACGUGGUCCGGGGGUUAUUGUGCCUGUUCUCGGUGCUGGUAUCUGAGAUGUUCAUGGUGGCCGCGUUCUCCCAGAGCCUGGACAGCGACUUCACAUUUACACUCCCUUCCGGACGGAAGGAGUGCUUCUUCCAGACCAUGAAGAAGGACGCAUCGCUGGAGAUAGAAUAUCAGGUGUUGGACGGAGCAGGUCUGGACGUUGACUUCAGCCUGUCCUCUCCUACUGGACACGUUCUGUACAGCGACCACCGCAAGUCAGACGGAGUACACACUGUAGAGACAGAGGACGGAGACUACAUGUUUUGUUUUGACAACUCGUUCUCGGCAGUGUCGGAAAAGAUCAUUUUCUUCGAGCUGAUCAUGGACAACAUGGAACAGGAAGGGGAGGAGCCAGAGGACUGGAAGGAGUACAUCCAUGGGACUGACAUGUUGGACAUGAAGCUGGAGGACAUCAUGGACACCAUCAACAGUGUUAAAGCCCGGCUGGGGAAGAGCCUUCAGAUACAGACGCUGCUCAAAGCCUUUGAGGCCCGCGACCGCAACGUACAAGAGUCCAACUACAACCGGGUCAACAUGUGGUCCAUGACCAACAUGCUGGUGAUGGUGCUGGUGACAGGGGUGCAGGUCUACCUCAUCCGCUCGCUGUUCGACGACAAGAGACACACACGAACGUAACAACCCGCCCACUGGGAGGGGUCGGGGAGGGACCGGCAGCUCUGUCUUGAUCAGCCAGCCAAUAGGGAGUGGGGACUGGUGGUGAAGAUGCGACCGUAACUCAUUGGUUUUUAUGUACAACAUGCACUCACAUAAAUCACACAUCCGUAGACACAAAUUACCUACCUGUCCAGUCUCUUCAUCUGCUCUGUCUAGCUGCUGAGGGGACUGUAUUCGUAUCUGCUCUGUCUAGCUGCUGAGGGGACUGUAUUCGUAUCUGCUCUGUCUAUCUAAAAAUCAGUGGAGGGUGAGACACCAGCCAGACCUUCAGAGUCAUUGGCUUUUAAAAGCGAGCGUAACGAACAAGUGUUUACCAUUGAUAUGGUAAUGUUGUGACCUCUCAACUUUGUCUUCCAGACACUGAGGUGAGACUGUCCUGUCCGUGUCACAUCUUUCAAUGUCUUCCAGUAUAUGAUCUGUAAGUCAUGUUGCCAAGCCUUUUACUGGAGUUGGUGGUUGAUAUACCUUUAGAGAUUCUGAUUUAGCAGUCUGUGCCAUACUACCAAAACCUUUGCCUUCCAAACCGUGGCUGGAGUGGACAGCAUGUGCAUGCACACACACCCUUUCACUCUCUUUCAGAUACUCACACAAUCUCUUACCCACACACACACACAUUUCUUCAUAGAAACAUCUGCUGCCUGCCAGUGCCAGCCCUCCUUUCUCUGGCUGGCCUUUCGGCUGCUUGGUGAGUAGAGUAGGGGAAAGGGAAUAGUUUCUUCCGUAACCCUCUAAAUCACUGCGCUGUACUCUUCCAUUCCCUCCUCCUCCUGACAUCCACCUAUAACUCAUGUCCUGAUGGUCUAAUGUCAGACUUAGUGCCGACAGGCGAGUCUGGUUUCAGUCAUACAGGCUGAUGAGAUGUGGAGUCCGCUCUGCCCCUCUCUUUUUCUCUAGUGACCACAUUCUAUUUCUAACAACCACACCCUGCACCUCAUUGGAGCAGCGACGGUUACGGGAGAAGGGUUGCUUGGGACUGAAUGAGGUGGGGAGUGGUUGGGAGAUCCACUCAUUUGGCUUUAUUUUGUAGGUUGUCCAAUAGUGUACAUGAGAGCUACAAACUUACACACUUGUGGUUGAUACAUUGAUAUGUGCCAAGAUUUUGGAGCAGCCAAACAAGUUGUCUGAUUGCGCUCUAAAUGCUCCCUAUAUUACAGAAAUGUUCCUAUAAAUACUCACUGUGCUGCUGUGUUGAGUAACACCCCACCGCUAUCUUGUGGCUGGACAGUGAACUGCUCACAUGACUAUCUCACCUCUAGGAAUGGCUUUAAAAAAAUAUAUAUAUUUUAAAUUGAACUUUUAUCUAGGCAAGUCAGUUAAAAACAAAUUCUUAUUUACAAUGACUGCCUACUCCGGCUAAAUCCAGACGAUGCUGGGCCAAUUGUGCACCACCCUAUGGGACUCCCAAUCACAUCCGGAUGUGAUACAGCCUGGAUUCAAACCAGGUACUAUAGUGAAGUCUCUUACACUGAGAUGCAGUGCCUUAGACCGCUGCGCCACUCGGGAGCCCGGCUUUCAACCUAUCCCUGCUUUGAAAUAUGAAAUGUUACAGUGAUGCAGUGUCCGCUCUCUUUUACAAUGAAAGAAUAACAACAUAAAAUGAUGUUUGAGGGGUCUUGCAAUGUGCUAUUAUGAGCUCCCUCAUUUACAGCUACUCAAACCAUUGGGCGAGUUUUGCAUAGCAUGGUGCCCUGGGUGGGCAGAGUUUACGCAUUUUAGACCAUUUCAUUAGUCCUUAAGUAAAAUCUCCACCUACACCGGGCCAUGCCAAAUUAACUCGCCCAUUGUAAUGGGUUGUAUUGCCACUGCCUCUCUCUGCCCACCAUUUUGUGUCAUUAGUAUUUCAGCUGAUGCUCAAACAAGCAUCACAUUGGGUGAUUUUAAUAAGUAAAAUUAAGAAUGUUUUUAAUCCACAGAAUUUCACUGUUCUCUUCCAACCUUUUGUUCCUUGCUGAACAAGACAAUAUUAUAUUUUGAAGAACAGACUCAACUCUUACCCUACAGAUAAGUUGUUUAGGUGAAGGUGUUUUACUUUACUAAUCUGAUGGAACAAGGAGAGGAGAAAAUAUUCUGGGAUAUUCAUCAGAAUAAUGUUCUGUAGAUGUAAAUGUAUGUAAAUGAAACAAUCCUACUUUUCUGAACAUGUCACGUUGUUUCCUUUGACUUCAAAUGGGUGGCAGGUUGGUGAGAAAUAAACUUUAGACAGAUCCA